UGUGGAACAAUUGAACUCCAGAUCGUUCUUCAUAGCUCCUCAUGCUCUCAGAAUGCUUCAUCGCGUCGACCUUAGCGUCCGCAAAAACCCCCUCUGCAGCAUCACUGAGAGAUGUAGGGAUUUGUCUUCAUGAAUUCCAGCCGUCGUCAAGCUUGCGCUCAACCUUCAAGAAGAGCUCGACCGCUCCAAAUUGUUUGGCUGUAAGCCCGGCGCAUAUUUUCGCGGCUCAGUCCGAAAAGGCUAUUGUGCAUGUCUAUAGCAGGGAAAAAGGAAACCAGGAAGCCACCAUUCCGUUUCCUGAGCGCAUUCGGAGUAUUGCCUUAGCGGGGUCUAAGAAUGGCGAUAUCUUGGUUUUGGGAACCGAAGGUGGCCGUUUAAUACUGUGGGAGGUCUGCACAGGACGCCAAGUCGCAACGACAGCAUCGCAUCUGCGGCCCGUAACUGCUCUUGUGGUUGAUCCCAGCUCCAACUUUAUUCUUUCGGGUUCAUCAGAUGCCAGCAUUCACGUCUGGUCCUUGGUUGAUCUUCUAUCCUUCACGAAGCCUCCAUCUGGUCGCGAUCGACAACCGCCGAACUCGCCCAUUCGGACCUUCUCGAACCACCGCGCUGCCAUCAGCGCAAUCGCGGUGGGGCACAGUUCCGGUCGAUACAAUAUUGCUGUUUCCGUGGCUCAAGACAAUACUGCCAUUGCCUGGGACUAUCGUACCGGGCAUGUUUUACGAACCUUCCUCCUGCCUUUCAGCGCUGUCUCCCUCACUCUCGACCCAGUCGACAGAGCCUUUUAUGUAGGAUACACUGAUGGCAGUGUUCAGGCAGUCGACUUCUACAAGGAUCAAUCCAUUCAGCAUCCUCUUCAUGACGCAUCACUCCAGGCUACGCCCUCUCAACCGCCCACCGAAGAUCGAUGGCUGCCACCUUCCUCUGACAGCGGCGCAGCUCACACGUUGACACUCUCGUACGAUGGAAUGACGCUACUAUCUGGCCACGAGAACGGCAAGGUUUAUUCCUGGAAUGUUGGAAGAAGGAAAUAUGCCGCGACAGUGGCCGACCAGACUCAUCCCAUUACAAACCUGUUAAUGCUUCCGCUCAGCGGUCUACAUCAGCAGGCCUCUUCUAGUUUGAAAAGAAUAGCUCACACGAUAGUCAAACCCCGAUAUGACCAUACCCUUUUGGAAAACUCACACGCCGCGGGCGCAGUCCCAGUCGAUUACGAAUUUAGCACCCACCUUCUUCCCCCAUCUGCAUCUGCAUCCCGGGACGCGCGUGCAAAAUCCACCUGGUUUGCAGAGGCGGCGGCUCAUCCUUAUUUCCCGACGUCCAUGUUAGACCAAGGUCUAGCCGAUCUAUCCGCUCUAGGUCAGACCGCAGGGAGUAAUGGCGCCCCCACUCAAUCCCUGAAUCUAGCCAUGGAGGUUGACACCUCUGCCAAAGAUGCCCAGAUCGCGUCGUUGGAGCGCGAACUCGCCACCUUGAAGCAGAAAUCAUCGGUUAGCGAUACUGCACGCCAAGCUACCACGGACGAGGUCACCAAGCUCCGCUCUGAUCUAGCCAACCUUCACGAUUAUAUCAGCGAACUCCAUGGGAAACAGGAGCAGUCUCAGCGCGAAAAAAUCCAGCGGCAAGCGCGCAAGGAAGAGCGUGCAACCCAACAACGAGAAGCCUGGUUUGCCUCGGAGAAGAAGGGUAAGAAUGGGGAUGCCGUUCUUCGACGGAUGGAGGCGGAAGCGGGCCCCGAGACGAGUGACAGCGAUGAUCAAAGCAGCGACGAGCCAUGAUCCUUUCUCCGCGAAUUGCUUCGUUCCGCAUUUCUCUUUCUUUCUCCUACCAUGUUUCUACUUGUCAUAAUAUUUCCGAGCGGCGGGCUUCAAUUUUCGCGGGACUUGCAGUAGCAUCAUUUUUGGGAUUCUUGGGUUACAUUCUUGGAACGGCGCAAAUGGGCUUCUCAAAAGUUCCGGGUUGAAUAAUAGACGUCCGAAAAAGGACUAUGGAACUAGCAUAUGAACUAGGCAAACGAUUAAACAAUACGAGUGAGGGUCGAAGAAUCAAAUAGACCUAUCUCACAAUCUUC